GUUUGCGUUGCAGCGGCGUUAGCUGAAGAAUUUCGAUGGUGGGGCUCGAUUUUGGGGUUGCCUUCCACUGUUUAGUUCACCACCCACCACCACUCACCCACUACCUCCACCUUACCUUGGUACUUUAUCGCGGCGUUGUGUAGCUUUACCCGUCAUUUCCCUCACCAUAUUCUCCAUUUUCUUCCGUCUUCACGAUAAUCUUGUCUAUAUUCCUGUCCUACCCUGUGUUAUGCUCAUUAAAUAGGACGACGACAUUCCGUGCAUUAUUAAGGUACAUCUCAAUCCCGAAAGCAAUUAUAAGAAGCGCCAUUGGACGCCGCAGCCUUACCCACCAAACCCCGCCGUCAUAACAUCGUAGGUAGCAUAAGCUUCACAAAGCUACCUAUUAUUUUUUUUUUUCUCACGGCGAAUGGCCCCAGAGACGACAAUUAUUUCCCGAAUACAAGACAUUGGAGGAACGUUGGUCAAUUCAACGGCGGGAGCUGCCGCCUAGCUCUUAUUUUGUCAUUAUCCCCUCAAUAAAGACCUGACGUAGAUUCGCGCGUGAUCCCACAAGUCAAUCCCCAGAACAAGAUGAUGUCAGCACAGCUCCAGCAGCCUGCGCAGGCUGGAGCUCAGUUGUCAGCAUCCCAGAACCACACGAAUAACACAACUGUUCCCACCGGAGCCGAAACAUUACCAGGGUCCGUCGAACUCGAACCCCUACGAAAUCGUGCGGGACACAGCAAAAGUCCCUUUGUACGAGCGCAUGCCGACAGUCUUGUAGCAUGGCAACUUCUAGACGACAAUGCGGUCUCCAGAGCCAAGAAGGAGAACAAGCUCAUAUUCCUCAGCAUUGGGUUCCUUGCCUCUCAUUACUGUUAUCUUACUAGACAAGAGUCAUUCUCUAACCCCAAAGUCGCAUCACUACUCAAUGAGAACUUCAUCCCUAUCCUCAUCGAUCGCGAGGAGCGACCCGACAUCGACAACAUAUACAUGAGCUACAAUCAAUCUCUCAGCGGAACUGGAGGUUGGCCAUUGAAUGUUUUCCUUACUCCCGAGCUAGAGCCUGUCUUCAGUGGAACGUAUUGGGCGGCGCCCGGUGUUCAGGAUGAUGUCGCGGCGGAAAAUGAUGGAGUUGAGAAGCCUCUAGAUUGGCUCGUCGUAAUCAAGAAAGUCCUCGCUUCAUGGGUGGAUGAAGAACCUCGUGUGCGCGAAGAGGCUAAGAAUAUGGUGGUUGAAUUGAGCCACAUCUCAGCAGAGGGGACCUUGAAUCACGCAGGAACCGACUUCCUGCAGCCUCACCAACAUCCUGCUCAAACAGAGCCUUCCACUACGACUGUUGACUACUACAAAGAAGUCUACGGCGAAGUUGACUUGGAUCAGAUCGAGGAAGCUUAUGAGCGAAUCACGAAAACUUUCGAUCCCAUGUUUGGUGGGUUUGGUCUUGAGGAUAAGUUCCUUACCCCUGCGAAACUUUCAUUACUCCUGAGAGCUACGCGAUUUCCCAAAGUUGUUCAAGAUGUAGUCGGACCUAAUGAGUGCGUCUACAUAAGUGGCAUGGGUCUUCACACUCUACGAAGAAUCGCCAAUGGCGCCGUUCAUGAUCACAUAGGGGGUGGUUUCCACCGAUACUCCAUCACAAGAGACUGGUCUCUACCUGCAUUUGAGAAGAUGCUGAUUGACAAUGUCUUACUCCUUGGUCUUUUCCUAGACGCCUGGCUCUUGUCCGGAGGUACCAAGUAUGAUGAAUUUGCAGACGUGGUAACCGAGAUUGCCGAUUACAUUGUCAGUGACAGGCUUCUUUCACCAAAAGGUGGUUUCUUCACCAGCGAAGCAGCAGACUCAUACACCCGAAAGGGCGACAAAGUCAUGCUCAAUGGUGCUUAUUACCUGUGGACGAGAAAGGAGUUUGACGCUAUCGUAGGCGAUGAACAAGAUAGCGAGAUUGCUGCUGCAUAUUGGAAUGUCCAUGAGCAUGGUAACGUGGAUCGCGAAUACGAUCCCCACGACGAGUUUCUUAACCAGAAUGUUUUAUGCAUCGCUAAAAACUCCGCGAGAUUGAGUAAGCAUCUAGGCAUCCCGGAGGACGAAGUGAGGCAACGAAUUGCAGCUGCAAAAGAGAAGCUGCGUGCACAUCGAGAAAAGGAACGUGUUCAUCCAGACGUGGACACUAAAAUGGUCACGGCAUACAACGGCAUGGCCAUUGCUGGGUUAACAAGAACGGCCCUAGCAUUACUACAUACGGGUACCGAAGAAUCAGGAAGAGCACAGAAGUACUUGGAAGUAGCCAAGAAGGCGGCUUUGUUCGUUAAAAACGAACUGUGGGAUAACGGAAAGAAAAUUCUCUACCGAGUAUACUCUGAGGGUCGUACCGACAUUGAAGGGUUCGCCGAAGACUAUGCGUUACUAAUCGAGGGCCUAAUUGAGCUUUACGAAGCCACUACCGAGGAGUCUUGGCUUGAGUGGGCGGAUGAGUUACAAACACUCCAAAUCCAACUCUUCUACGAUAACCCUACGCCUACUCCCACGACAGCCAACGCUAGAUGCGGAGCCUUCUAUUCUACGGUUCUAGGUGCACCGUAUACGCUGCUCCGCAUCAAGGAUGCGAUGGAUACGUCGCAGCCGUCUGUCAAUGCGGUGUCAGUGUCGAACUUGUUUAGACUAGGCGGACUAUUAGGCGACAAGAAGUACAUAUACCUAGCAAAGGAGAGCGUCAACGCCUUUGGUGUCGAAAUGUUAGAACACCCGAAUCUUUUCCCUGGUCUGCUAUGCGGUAUUAUCCCCUGGAAACUAGGCGGUCGACACUGGAUCGCAGUUGGCGAUAACCCCGCUUCUGCACCAUUGUCUGUGUAUCACAAGGCGGCCCGAGCUGCAUUAUUCACGCUCCGUUACCACGCCCCCGAGAAAUCAGGUUCGUGGUUAAGCAAGCGAGACCCGAGAGCCACAACUUUCCCGAAGGAACCAGGCUUUUACACACUCACUACGGAUGGCACAUAUCGCAGGCUAGGCGACAAUGAUCUACUCCAAGUCGACGCAUUCUACGCACCCCACUCAUCCCAUUCGUCUCACCCACCAACCCCUCAACCCUAGGAUGACUCGCGGGGCGUUGGUCUGGGUCCUGGUCAGCAUUGGGUAUCGCACACGGUAGUGUUCUCGGUAGUUUACGAUCCACAUUAAUUUCAACCAUUGUUUUCAAAGUAACGGGGUCGGACGGAUUUGAAAGGUAGAUACCAACCAGAAGGGAGGCGUCUAUGGCUUUUAUUUUUCAAAGGGGGGUGUUUAGGGGGGAAGAUGAUGUACUCUUAUAAGUUCUUUCUGUUCUUCUGCAUUGCUUGGCGAUUUGCAUAAGUACCUAGACGACCACUACGACCUGAAAUGUUUAGAUGAAAUUUGUAUGUUGAACGAAACGAUUGGUGAUGUUUAGGGGUUAUAUGUACUGUGGUGGAAAGAAAAGAAAAGAAUAAAAUCGCAAUUCUCAAUGGUAAUUCUAACUCGUUUUUUCUAUGUUCCUGGUGACUUAACUUCAAUGAGUUCGCGUGGUGUAUCUGGGUAUUUAGAUGAG